CGCCCCCUGAGAGCAAAAGGCUUUGGAGGCGUUCCAAGGGGGCGUGGCUACUUCUCCUGUUUGAAAGUGCAUCAACGGCUGCGGUUCCAGAUUCAGAAACAUCAACAAAAACCCGAACCCGGACUCUGCUGCCCCCCGGCCCCUCUCAGAGUCUCCAGGAUGAUGCGCAAAGACGUGAACAAACCGAAGGGAAAGACGUCGGCGUACGCCUUCUUCGUGCAGACGUGUCGAGAGGAGCACCGGAAGAAGAACCCGGAACAGUCCGUGAACUUCGCUGAGUUCUCCAAGAAGUGCUCUGAGAGAUGGAAGGCUCUGUCUCCCACUGAUAAGAAGUGCUUCGAGGACAUGGCCAAGGCCGACAAAGUCCGCUACAACCGCGAGAUGAGAGACUAUGUCCCCCCCAAGGGUUUCGGCAAGAGGGGCCGCAAGAGGAAAGACCCCAACGCCCCCAAGAGGCCCCCGUCGGCGUUCUUCGUGUUCUGCAGCGAGUACCGGCCCAGCGUGAAGCAGCAGUAUCCGGGUCUGUCCAUCGGGGACUGCGCUAAGAAGCUGGGCGAGAUGUGGAGUAAGCUGUCGCAGUCGGAGAAGCAGCCGUACGAGGAGAUUGUUUUUUAUUUUCUUACUGGAGUGUUUGUUGUUCACUGUCAGAGUAGAAACUUCAGCUUUUAUAAUAAACACCUGAAAGAACUCGC